AUGCUUCCUGAGCGCUCUCUCCCGGACACACUAUCCCCUCGAGGUUUCCUACCGACAUCCUCAUGCAGAUGCUUCCCUGGAGAUCUCUGUUGGCCUUCUGAAGCAAUAUGGGAUGCCUUCAACUUCACAGUAGGAGGUCGCUUGGUGGCCACGGUCCCUCUAGCAGCACCUUGCCAUUACGAUCAGUACGCACCGUACAGCAACGACACUUGUGCAAACUUGCAAGCCAACUGGCUUUGGCCGCAACAGCACUAUGACUCCUCCUCAUCCAUAAUGGCACCCUUCUUCGCUAACCAGAGCUGCGACCCUUUCACGCCUCCAUCGGCUCAAUGCGUUAUUGGUACCUACGUUCAGUAUGCAGUAAACGUUUCUAGUCCCGCAGAUGUGAUUGCUGGGAUCGCUUUCGCAACCCUGUUCAACAUCCGUCUUGUCAUCCGCAAUACCGGCCAUGACUACAACGGCAAGAGCACUGGUGCCGGCGCCCUUGGCUUGUGGAUGCAUCAUCUUAAGAACAUCAGCUUCUCGCAGUGGUCCGAUCAAUAUUAUAACGGUACUGCCAUCAAGUUGGGAGCAGGCGUGCAGGCCAUCGAAGCCUACGAAGCUGCCGAUGCCCAAGGUCUACAGGUCGUUGGCGGAGAGUGUCCGACAGUUGGCAUUGCUGGCGGCUAUACGCAGGGUGGCGGUCAUUCUGCGCUCGCCUCCAAACACGGUCUUGCCGCUGAUCAAGUGCUUGAAUGGGAAGUCAUUACUGGCACCGGCCAAUAUCUUAUCGCAAACCGCCAUCAAAACUCCGAUCUGUUCUGGGCGCUUUCCGGUGGCGGUGGCGGCACAUACGGCGUGACGCUGUCGAUGACUGCCAAAGCUCACCCAGACACGCCAACUUCCGCGAUGAAUCUCACUUUCUUGAGUGCCGGCACCACGCAGGACAACUACUACAGUGCCAUUGAAACAUUCCACGCCAGCCUGCCCGCUAUCGUUGACUCGGGUGCGAUGAGCGUGUGGUAUUUCACGAACCAAUCCUUCGCCAUCUCUCCGAUCACCGGCCCUAACAUCUCUGUACCUCAGCUCAAGGUGUUGAUGUCACCGCUCGAGACGAAGCUGCAGCAGCUGAACAUCUCAUACACAAGCUACUACGGCCAAUUUUCCGGCUAUCUCAAGGAGUACAAUGCCAUGCAAGGACCAAUUGAAGUUGGCAUCGCUCAAUACGGCGGUCGCUUAAUCCCCCGCUCGGUUGUGCAGCAUAACAACUCGGCUCUUAUACAAGCGUACCGCGAGAUAAACAACCUUGGCGGUCAGUUUAUCGGCGUUGGAGUUAAUGUCAGCAUGGCCAAUGCAGGGAAUCCGUACAACGCGGUGAAUCCUGGCUGGCGGACAGCGCUGAUUGACACUGUGCUCACAACACCUUGGGACUUCACUGCGCCUUGGACCCAGAUGCUCGCCAAUCAGCAGCUUAUGACCGAUGUUCUCGUUCCGAAACUUGCGGCCUUGACGCCCAAUGGCUCAUGCUAUCUCAACGAGGGCGACUUUAGACAGCCAGACUUCCAGGACGUCUUCUAUGGUUCAAACUACCCGAAGCUUCUUGCCAUCAAGAACAGAUACGAUCCUAAGCAUAUGUUUUACGCAACGACUGCGGUAGGUUCGGAGUACUGGACACCCCAAGCAAACGGGACUGGCAGGCUAUGUAGGUCGUAG